UGCUGCUGGAACAGGAGCUGACCAUGAAGACGCUCGCUUUUCUCCUCUGCCUGGUCUUACUGACCUUCUGCACAGAUGCAAACCCUGUGGUGAAGGAAAGCUUUGCAAAGCAACUUCUCCGCAGCAAGAGACAAAAGCCGGGUUAUCCUGAUGAACCCAUGAGGGAACACACGUUUUAUUUGCAGCAGCUGGAGCUUAGAGCUCGUGAGACCAAUCUGGAGAACUGGCUGAAUCCUCACUGCGCUCCUCGCUGUGACCGGAACUACGGUUACCCUGUCUAACUGACCCACAUCUCCACGAGCAGGAUGAUGAAGACGAUGGCGAUGAUGAAGAUAAUGAGGGUGAAGGUGACGAAGGCAGUGAAGAGGAAACAAUAGACAUUAGGGCACGUGUAGACAUUUAGCUUUUAUAGCUUAAAAAUAGAGCAAAGAUAAAAUAAUUUCACAUCUCACACAGGAUUGAGUGCAGCAGAACAUUUACUCAAUGCUUCGUUUUUUAUUAGAUGCAUGAAUUCAAGAUGCAAGAAGAGCUUUUCAGCUUGUAAUAAACAUCUGCUUUUGCAUGUC